AUGCACACUGCUGACCGUGCGCUAGUCACCGUCGUCGAGUCACUGUUGAACGCCGACCCCAAGCUGUCACGUCUCAAGGACGAUGACGGCCGUCUUCCCAUCCACUGGGCCGCCUCUUCGAACCAGUAUGCCAUUGCGCUGCUGUUGGCCCAGCAGAAGGAUUUCGACCCGGAUGUCGAGGACGACAUCAGCUGGACCCCCCUGAUGAUAGCAGCAAGCGUCAAAGACGGCGAUGCACUAGUAGACAUGCUUCUCCAGAGAGGUGCCGAUGUGAACCAGAAGAACAACAACGGACAGACCGCACUGCACUUUGUGGCUUCCAAGAGCCAUUUGGAGGUGGCCCGCAAGCUCUUGGACAACAAGCCACCCGCCUCGGCCCGCGUCAGAGACAAGCGUGGACAGUAUCCUCUGCAUCGAGCUGCCGCUGUCGGCUCUGUGCCUCUGGUGAAGCUCCUGCUCGAGCACCGCAGCCCUCUCAACGCUACCGAUGUCGCCGGCUACACCGCACUCCAUCAUGCUGUCGCCGAGGGUCACGGGGAUACCGCCGUUGCGCUGAUCAAGGCGGGCGCCGAGAUGGACAGGCGUGACAACGACGGCUGCCUGGCACUCGACCUUGCCCCCGACAAGGAGGUCCGCAAGUACAUUGCACGGGAAGCCGAGAACGAAGGAAUCGAGCUUUGA